GAUCAGAGAUGAGGAAGCUGCACUCAGAUCAGGGCCAUGGAUCUCCCAUUCCUCUGUUUUCUGCUCGUUCUCUCAGGUGGAUCAACAUCCAGUUUGGAGCUACAAGAUGAUCUUAGUGACCAGUCGACAUUCAAUCUGAGCUCCACAAAAAGCCUGGAUUGGAAUACCACAAGUUAUCAGCAAUCGAAUUAUGAAAACCAGACAUCCAGCGAGAGAUCUGAUCAAAGUGAAAAAUCCUGCAGUGACUGGGAUGUUCUACAGCAUCUAAACCUGACUAAGAAUAAGGAAAUGUUUACCAUGAUCAGGCCUGUUAAAAAUCAUAAAAGAGCAGUUCACGUUCACUUUAAAAUGGAAAUCUAUGCCAUUCUAGAUGUGAGAGAGGCUGACCAGUCCUUCAUAUCAUACAUUUCCUUUAUGACUGGAUGGAUAAAUGAAUUUAUUGACUGGAAUGAAGAGGACUAUUGUGGAAUUUUCUCUGUGGUAGUUCCACGUGAAUCUUUGUGGAUGCCCGACUUAGUCAUUCAAGAAAUGACAGAAAAGGAUAAAGCCGUACCGAAUCCUUUUCUCAGAGUUACUUCGCAUGGCUGGGUAUUACACACUGAUGAUAAAUUAGUGAUCAGCACCUGCAAGAUGAAAAUCUUCCACUUUCCCUUUGAUAUUCAGAGCUGCAAAAUGACCGUGAGGUCUCUCUCAUACACCAGUGAAGAAUUAUUGAUUGGCACAAUUGAAGACAAUGAAAUGAUCACAGAGUGGUCUCAUGAUUCAAUCUGGACGCAGUACGAGUGGGAGUUUCUCUCUCUCUCAGUCACCAAGAAAACUGUCAGAUAUUUCGCCUCCAACCAAACUUACUUCGUUUACACUGUAACCAUGCAGAGGAAGUCAGCACUUUAUGUCGUCAACUUCCUGCUGCCUGUCCUCUUCUUCUUGUGUCUGGACUUUGUCUCCCUCCUGAUGCCGACCGGUGGUGGAGAUAAGAUUAGUUUCAAGAUCACGGUGCUACUUGCUGUUACAGUGAUGCAGCUGAUUCUCAUUGAAAUCCUACCUUUUACUACAAGCAGGAUUCCACUUAUAGUGAUUUUCUGCAUGGGGAUUUUUGCUCUGAUGCUGCUAGGCCUCUUGGAGACCAUUUUCUUGAAUUAUCUGAUGGAAAAAGACUCUUCAUCCCUGGAAAGCAAGAAAGAGAGUGUCAAGCGUCAAAUAAUAAAAGCUUCCUCCACUGCCUCCACCACUGAUGAGAUUAUCAAUAUGACCAAUCAAACAGCAUCUAUGUGCAAAGGGGACAGCAGCAGCCAACUGACUGAGUUAUUCCUGGCAGUGGAGAAAGUCUCAGAUGAGCUUGGAGAGAUGAAAAAAACUUUUCUUGACAAAGAGUCUGAAGAAAAGAAGGAUGGUUACUGGACCAGAGUCGCCAAGAAAGUAGACAAGAUUUUUUCCAUUCUCUAUGUCUUGGCAGCCAUUUUGUUUUUAGUUGUCGUCUUAUCAGUGUGGUUCUCAAAAUCAGACUUAUCGGAAUGAUCUAGGGCUGUUGUAAACGAAUAUUUUAGUAGUCGAGUAAUCUAUCGAUAAUUCUUACGGUUAAUCGAGUAAUCGGAUAAAAAAAAAUAAAAUAAAAUAUUGGUAAAUCUUUCAUAACGGGGCAGACGGGUGAACGAACUUAAGAUGGGGGUAGAGGGGAGGAAAUAGACCAGGGGACUGACGGUAGACCAGGUGACAAACGUAAGAACGGGCGGGGGGAGCAAUACCGGAUAUUUAGGGCACCUUCAUUCGUCACACUCAAGCUCAUCUACCAGCCAUGUACCGCCAUGAUGAUUUCCGCCACUCGUUUGUUGAGACCGAUGAAAUUUAUUGUGCGGUUCGUCCGUAAAGCUACACUUACACUGUCACCAUUAACUACUCAGCCGCCCGCCGUGCUAAGUCUAUCUGCUCACCUGUAUAAAUACUCCUCAGCGCUCUUCCCGCCGGUGUUAUGGAUCAACUGGUGGCUAAAUCAACUGGUUGAAACCUAUGCGCACCGCAGAUGUUUCCAAAUUGUAGGUGGCUGUGUCUAUGCCUGUUGAAAAAUGCUACUUGCGUGAAAAAACCGUUUGCAAAACUUUACUAUAAAUCCCAUUGGACGCUUAUAUAUUUAAUGUUGCAUGUGAAAAUUAUGUUUCAAAACAAUUUUCUAAAGAACAGCAUUCAUUGCGCUUCGAAAACACCGCAUUUGAGCAUAACCAGAUCAAUGAAUAACACAAUCCCAUUCGCAUUCAGGUUCACCAGAAUACAUUAAUUCUAACUCAUGAAUAGCCGCAAUGUAAACCUAAGUGGAUAGUUUCUGCUUUUUAUAACCAGCACUGAUCAGAAAAACAUUGGAAUUGACUCUCAAGUACCUCUUUUGCGAGUUGCUUACAUUACAUAGAAGCAAAAGGUAAAUAGUAAGUGUCGCAUUGUUUAGCGACUUUCUACCCAGUUAGUGUCGCUAAACAAUGAGGUGGUUGUCAUCAUAUAUAAAAUUUAACUCACAUACCUGAUGAUGUUGCUUGUGGUGUUUACGUGUCCAAAUAGAAAGGAAUAUCAAGUAAUGUCGAUAAGUUGUACUGUAAUAAAACCUCAUCUAAAUAAUAUAAAGUUAACAGCUAAUGUAGUUGGUGGUGAUAUCCAAACUGACAAGCCGAAAUAAUAUUAAUAAACGUUACUACAUUACUGUCAGAUACCACCAACAGAUUAUGAGCCAUAUCUACAGUAUUUGUCCUUGCGUUCUCUACUGGGAAACAGUUUGCAAGCUGUUGACGAAGGGAAAUCAAAUUAAAAACAGAACGAGCCGCAUUAAGAUUAACUAGUGACAGCCAAACAGGGUCCUCAACGCAGAUGUUUGUAAAAAAUUAGGUGGCUUUGUCGUUUCCUGAUCAAAACGUGACAAACGUAAAUAAACAGAUAUGAAAAUGUCUCUACUUUCUCUAAGAGCUCUUCAAAACAUAAUGGUAUGAAGGAACAUUGAAGAAUACAUUAAAAUGUCACUAAAAUAUACUCCACUUCAAAGAAGACUGUACUAAACAGAAUUUGUACUACCACCCAACAUUGUUAGAGUAAUGACGAUCAUUUUACGUCUGUUCAGUCUUAUGUCGACUGACAUGCUCGCAAACAUAUCAAUAAAUAUAAACAGUUAUAAUAUCAUGUAAACUAAUUCAUUGUUCAAUUAAUGGAAGCCACAUUAUUUCGUUUUCACUUUAAGACUUCACUCGGCUGCAGAAGCAAAGCUGUGCACCUUGGUAAUCUGACAAUAUUCUUACCGUUAAAGUUUGUCUGGCAAAUCCGUUAAACAACACUACCUCCAAAAUGUUGGCAGCAAGUGAAUUAUAUUAUUUAUUUUUGUAGACAAU